UUUAAUCAGUGUUAAACUUAUUCUGAUAAUACAAAACCAAAUUUACAUUUACGUUUUACAUUUUUCAAAUAAAAGAAAAAAAUGUAAAUGUCUGACUUAUAUGGUAUAAAUUAUGCUGUUUAAGUGGAAUAUUUUCUGAUAAACUGCGUUAACACGGGGAAAUUUUUAAGUAAUUUGAAAUAUGUGAAUACAUUAUUGUGUGAACGAUAGAUAGGGAUUGGUGCAAAAUGAAUUGGAUAAACAAGCAUAGCUCAGUUUUGGAUCACACGUAGCGACAACCAUAAAGAAACAAGUAGGGAAAGUGCAACACUGUGUAAAUAUGGCAACAGCCCAGCCAUCACAAGACCGGGUUCAUCUUUUUCGCCUCCAAACUCUAAUUAUAGAUGGAUGCACUACAGUCAUAAGGAACAUAAUUCACCAGAAGAGCUACAAUGUUCCGUUUAAUGUGUUUCUUAGUCAUGAAAAAACCGCCGUAAACACACUGAGAGCCAGGAAAACAAUAACGAAGGCACAGUACAAUUUGCUGUAUCCACAAGGGGGUAAUCCUCCUUCUAUCACUGACAUCGACCUAACUCUUGCGACAUGCCUGCUGAGAAACCUGAAAAGUUUCGGGCUAAACACUAAAUAUAACUGGAGUGGAACACCACAACAAACUGACACUUCCCUUGAGGCAGAUUUAUGUCGUCUAAGAAUUGCACGAAAUGAGGUAGCGCAUAUAGCGUCUACUUCAGGAAUAGACCAGACAACAUUUCAGGUUAAGUGGAAUGAGAUCGAACAGGUUCUUCUCAGACUUAAUACCUCUGUUUCAAAUCCAAUGCCCAAUCUUCAACAAGAGCUUGAUGAGUAUAAAAACAGCCCUCUUGAUCCAGAGGCAGAGGAAAAAAUAAAAGAAGAAAUAGAGAAGUUGCAGCAAAUGGAGAAAAACUUAGAGUUGGAACUGCAGAUUGUGAAGAAAGAGUUUGAAUAUGUUAAGGGAAAGGUUAAAGUCGUCAAGGGGAAUGUUGAUGGCGUUAAGGGGAAAGUUGAAGAAGUAAAGGGAAAUGUUGAAGAAGUAAAAGGAAAUGUUGAAGAAGUAAAGGCAAAUGUUGACGAAGUAAAGAGAAAUGUUGAAGAAGUUAAGGGACAUGUUGAAGAAGUAAAGGGAAAUGUUGAAGAAGUAAAGAGAAAUGUUGAAGAAGUUAAGGGACAUGUUGAAGAAGUAAAGGGAAAUGUUGAAGAAGUUAAGGGAAAUGUUGAAGAAGUAAAGGGAAGUGUUGAAGAAGUAAAGGGAAAUGUUGAAGAAGUAAAGGGAAGUGUUGAAGAAGUAAAGGGAAGUGUUGACGAAGUUAAGGGACAUGUUGACGAAGUUAAAGGACAUGUUGAAGGUGUUAAAAGAAAUGUUAUAGAAGUUGAGGGAGACGUUGAAGAAGUUAGGGAAAAUGUUGAAGAAGUCAAAGAAAAUGUUAAAGAACAUGUUGAAGAAGUAAAAGGAAAUUUUGAAGAAGUUAAGGAAGAUAUUGCAGCUGCACAUAAAAAGAUUGAUGAGGAAUUGAAAAUGCGAAAGAAAACAGAUGAACCAGAAAGUGUUGCAAGAGAACCGCCGGGCAUAUUCCAAAGACUAUUCCCAGGACUUCACACAAAAUCCCGUAUGCGCAAAAUGAAGAAAGGUAAUGUAAAAUUUGAGAUGACAGUCGCAAUAGAUAUUGACCUGGCUCUUAACUAAUAAUGUUUCUAUUUCUUGUAUUUACUUUGAAGUUGAUUAUAAGAAUAAUCGAGUAGUUAGAUAUGUAUUAGGUUCUGGCAAAUCUUUGCUCUUCUUAAUUCUUAUGAAACUAGAUUCUUGUUAUAUAUUAAAUAUUUUGUUUAUAUAUUCAAGAGUGCAUUUGCAAAUUGGUUUUCUGUAAAUGCCGUAUCAGAUGUCUAGUCAAUAUCUAAAGUGACUCAUAAAUUAUAUACCCUAAUGCCUGUUCUUAUGAUAAAAGUUUUCUCUCUGCUUGAAAUAUUUGACAAAAAAUGGAAUAGUUCAAUCGGCAGAAAAUAGUAGGUAUGUAAUUUACGUUACUGAUAAAUCAUAUUGCUUAUUUACUGUUUGGUAAAAUUUUCCAUCCUUGCUACUGGCAGUUGAGGCUUUAUUAUCCAUAUUUUUAUCAAGAAUAGUACUUUAGUCUUUUCCGGUUAUUAAUAUUUCAUAAUUAUUAUUUGCUAUGAGCCGUUUAAGAAUGUUUAGAAAUUCUAACUUCUCACUUUUUGGACUACAUAUACCAACUGUCCUUUAUUUACCUUUACAAUAAGUGUCAAGCAUUUCAAAUGGACCUCCAUUCUUCCAUCUUUUAUUUAUUUCUUAUACAUUCAGUAUUUAUUCAUUUUGAAAGAAUCAAGAACAAUAACUUGCUCUUUUCAAGUGUAAUUUUGAAAUACAAGGUUAAAAUAAAUCUUGUAAUAAAAAUAAUAUCUGAUAAGAGAGGUGAUUUUUAUUUCAGUAUUGUCAAAUUUCCUUGUUAAGAUUGGAAUAUAACCGGGAAACAUGCUAUAAAAUAUAUAUUUCUUAGGAGAUAGUUUUUGUUCUUGAUGAUUUUAUAAUACAAAUUCUAGAUAUUUUCAACACACUUCUUUAGCAGGUCUAACGGUAUCAUAAACUGCAAAAUCAUCUUCCUUUAUAUUGUUGUUGACUUAAAUGAAACUUCAACGUCUUAUUCUAAUACCAGCAUAUAUGUUGAUGACGUAUUCAAGUAAGUACAUGUAUUAUACC